CAUCGCUAUGUAUAGAAAUCCCUUCCACACGCCGCCCUGCAUCAGUUCAUUGCCGGUUGUCUGUGUCAUCCCGUCGGCUUUCAGGGGGGACGUAUAAGAGAGAAUCUGCGUUCGUUUGCAAACAGGAUGGCUUUCCGCGACGUUCCCAUGAGUUUCUACGACCCAUUCCGCCACGUGUUGGAGGAGGCGAGGCGAAGCAUGCAGCUAAUGGAUCGGAUGUUCGAUGAGCCAUCCGGUUUUGGCUUCAGACCGAGCGAGCGAAGCUUGGUGCCACAUUCCCGCCAUGGAGAGUUGUAUCGCCCAUCCCGGCAGCUGGCGCGCCAAACGUCUGACGGUACCGUGGGUCUGGGGCGGAUGACCAUCGACAAGGACAAGUUUCAGGUUAUGCUGGACGUGCAUCAAUUUGCGCCGGAAGAGCUCCACGUGAAGGUCGAGGAAAAUUGCCUUGUCGUGGAAGGAUGCCACGAGGAGAAGCCAGACGAGCACGGGUACAUAUCUCGUCGAUUCACCCGUCGCUACACCCUUCCCGAAGGGGUUCGACCCGAGGCUGUCAUCUCCAAUCUGUCCUCUGAUGGGAUUCUGACCGUGCACGCUCCUCUCCCGGCUAUCGAAGGAUUGAAGCCGAACGAGCGAAUGGUGCCGAUCCACCACUCUCACCAACCAGCUAUCAAGCACCAUUAAAAGCCAGUGAAAAGGGAACGGAUGUGAUGGGAUCAUCGCCAGCUCCAAAACUGUGUUGUCCGGUUGUCUGCCUUCGAUCGCUGUAAACUGUGAAAUUGUUCGAGUUUCUUCUUGCAGCUCUAACCUGGAGCUCUUAAUCUCCCGAAUAAAUUCGUAAUCAGUUUUGAUCUUGCGCUGUCUCUCUUAUUGAAGUGUAUUUUCUUUCGUAAUUGCAAUGCACAUUACAAUAAUUUAUUUACUGCUCUGGCUUUGUAUUUUGAUUUUGUGGCCAUGUUUCAUGUGGGG